UGUAUCUUGUUUAAAUGACUAUUAAUGGGUGUGUUACGGCUACAAUAAAUAGCAAGAAUAUGAGUUUUAAAAAAGAGCUUAAUCUGUUAGUCGUAAAGAAAAUAACUGAUUUAAUUCCGUCUAGAAAAAUUAAUAUUUCAGACGAUUUACCUAACGAAAUAAAACUAGCUGAUCACACAUUUAAUAUUCCCGGUGAAAUUGAUAUAUUAUUAGGCGCUGAAAUAUUUUAUGAAUUACUUAGACCAGGUCAAAUUUAUAUUGGAGAUUCUCGAAUACUUUUUCAAAAUACUGUGUUCGGAUAUGUCGCUGGCGGAAAUGUCGAUGAGAUGAGGGAUAACAAAAUUCAUUGUGGGUUAAUACGAGAUAGUGAUUUAAAUACUACAUUAAAGAGUUUUUGGGAGUUGGAAUCUAUUGGUAUCGAGGAUAAGGGUAUUAGUAGUGAAGAGGAUAUUAAUUUGGAAAUGUUUAAGGAAAAUGUAAGUUUUAAAAAUGGUAGGUAUGAGGUUGAACUUCCGUGGAAAAGAAAUAGUAGCGAGUUGAGUGAUAAUUUCAAAUUAGCGAAAAAACGACUCGGAAGUUUUAUGAGAAAAAUGCAGAGUGAUAAAGUUUUAUAUUCUAAGUAUCGUAAGGUUUUAAAGGGUUACCUAGAUGAGGGAAUAAUUGAGAAGUUCAUCGAAAAUUGUAGGAAUCCAUUGUACAGAGAAAUUGGACCGUUAAAGAUCUGUGAAAUCCAACGUGUGGAAACAACACUUUUAAGGCUGGUACAACAAGUGGAAUUUUACUCGGAAGUGAAGGACUUGUCCAGUAAGGGUAUGGUUAAUCCAAAAAGUAAGAUUAAAAAUCUUUCACCUUUCUUAGAUACUGAAGGUGUCUUGCGUGUAGGUGGGAGACUGGUACACAGUAAUUUGAGUUUUGACAAAAAACACCAGAUUAUUCUUCCUAACAAUCAUAGAUUGACCAAUUUAAUUCUUGAAAUGACCCACAAAAGACAAUUGCAUGUUGGUCCGCAAACUUUGUUAUCUAUUGUUAGACAAAAAUACUGGCCAUUAAAUGGUCGCAAUAUGUGUAGAAAAUUAGUUCAUAAUUGUGUAGAUUGCUUUAAAGCUAACCCUGUUACUUGUUCACAAAUUAUGGGUCAACUGCCAACCGAGAGAGUUUCUCAGAGUUUUCCCUUUAACUAUGUCGGAUUAGAUUUUUGUGGACACUUCUGGAUUAAAUAUCCCAAUCAAAGGAAAGGAGUUUUAAACAAAGUAUAUAUGUGUGUAUUUGUGUGCAUGGUCACUAAAGCAUGUCAUCUCGAAAUAGUUACAGAUCUAUCUAGUGAAGCCUUCAUCGCGGCUUUAAAGCGAUUCUUUAGUAGACGAGGAAAAUCUGAACGCAUUUUUUCAGACAAUGCUUCCAAUUUUGUUGGUACGAAAUUAGAGUUAAAAAGACUUAAAGAAAUUUUGAGUAAAUGUGAUAAUAAUUUGAGUAAUUUUUUGUGCGAGGAACGUGUUGAGUGGAGUUUCAUUCCACCAAGAGCACCACAUCAAGGGGGCCUUUGGGAGGCUGGGGUAAAAGCCGUUAAGCAUCACCUUAGGAGAGUUAUGAGUAAUUCUAGAUUUACUUAUGAGCAAUUUUUAACCAUUCUUAACCAAAUUGAGGGCAUUCUCAAUUCGCGUCCCCUCUACCCUUUAUCAUGUGACCCUGAGGAUUUUGAAGCUUUAACUCCUGGUCAUUUUCUAGUAGGCCGUCCCCUCACAGCGAUAGCAGAGCCAAGUUUUACCGAAGUACCUGAAAACAGGUUAAAAGUAUGGCAAAGAUUAUCAAAAAUUGUACAACAAAUUUGGAAGCUUUGGUCAAAUAACUAUCUGAGUACACUUCAAAAUCGAACAAAAUGGUAUUUUGAGAAAAACAAUGUAAAAAUUAAUGAUAUGGUAAUUUUGAAAGAAGAUAAUUUGGCUGUGUGUAACUGGCCUCUUGGUCGAGUUCUUGAAGUGUAUUCUGGUAAAGACAAGAAAAUUAGAGUAGUAUUAGUGAAAACUAAAAAUGGAAUUUUUAAACGUCCAAUUACUAAACUUUGUAUUUUACCAUUCUCAAAUGAUCAAUAAGUGUGAAAAUUUAAAUUUGUGUGUAUUUUGAAUAUUUUAGUUUUAUUGUGUACAUUGUAUUGAAUUGUUUAAUUUUAAGCAUUGAAUAUGUCAUUCAAUCCGGGGGUGGAUGUUCAGUGUUAGAGAGAGUAUUGUGUUGUAGCGCCCCCUAGAGAGAAAUUAAUUAGUGUGUAACGAGAGGCAGUGUGCCUAUGUGAGUGUUAUGUGUAAGGAGUGAAACAAUCUCCGAAAAAUAAAAGUGAUGAUAAUUUAAA